GGGACAAGUGAUUCACGAUGGCCGUGGCUUUGGACGCAGUGUGGGUGAGGGUGAAGAAUGUCUGCAAACAGAACGGGCUCCUCAUCAUGUCGGUGAUGGCUGUGGUCAUCGGGUGUCUUUUGGGAUUCUUCCUGAGGACGCGGCGUCUCACAGAGCAGGAGGUGAAGUAUUUUCAGUUUCCUGGGGAGCUGCUGAUGAGGAUGUUGAAGAUGUUGAUUCUCCCACUCGUCGUGUCCAGUUUGAUGUCAGGACUGGCUGCCCUUGAUGCCAAGUGUUCCAGCCGGCUUGGUCUGAUCACAGUGUCUUAUUACCUGUGGACCACCUUUGUGGCCGUGAUAGUGGGGAUCAUCAUGGUGUCCAUCAUCCACCCGGGUGGUGCAGCCCAGAAAGAGGACUCUGAGGACAGUGGCAAGCCCAUCAUGAGCUCUGCUGAUGCUCUGCUAGACCUCAUUCGCAACAUGUUCCCAUCUAAUCUGGUCCAGGCCACAUUUCAGCAGUAUCGAACAAGUAGUGAGUACACUGUGAAACCCAAGCCAACAGUGAGUCAGGCACAAUCAGAGUCCAGCACACGGCGGGCACUCAUCUACGGUAUCCAAGAUGAUAAUGGAACUGACGUACAGAACUUCGCCCUUGACCUGACUCCACCCCCUGAUGUGCUCAUUCGCACUCGGGAGGGAACGAGCGAUGGAAUGAAUGUCCUUGGAAUUGUAAUUUUUUCAGCAACCAUGGGCAUUAUGUUGGGAAGGAUGGGGCCAAAUGGCAGCGCCUUGGUGAAUUUCUGCCAGAGUCUGAAUGAGGCUGUCCUCAGAAUUGUUGCCAUUGUUAUAUGGUACUUUCCAUUUGGCAUUGUGUUCCUGGUGGCUGGUAAGAUCCUGGAGAUGAGUGAUCCGUCAGCCAUGGGGAAGAAGUUGGGUUUCUACGCUGUCACUGUGGUGUUUGGUCUGGUGUUGCAUGGCCUGUUCAUCCUGCCUGCCAUGUACUUUUUCAUCACCAAAAAGAGCCCCAUCGUUUACAUACGGGGAAUCCUGCAGGCCCUGCUCAUUGCCCUUGCAACUUCCUCCAGCUCUGCCACAUUGCCUAUUACCUUCAAGUGCCUCUUGGAAAACAACCACAUUGACCGCCGUAUCAUCCGUUUUGUGCUCCCUGUGGGUGCCACCAUCAAUAUGGAUGGCACCGCUCUCUAUGAGGCUGUGGCAGCGAUAUUCAUCGCACAAGUCAAUAAUUAUGAGCUGGACUUUGGCCAGAUCAUCACCAUCAGCAUCACAGCCACUGCAGCCAGUAUUGGUGCAGCAGGGAUACCACAAGCCGGACUGGUCACCAUGGUGAUAGUGCUAACAUCCGUCGGGUUGCCAACCGACGACAUAACUCUCAUAAUUGCAGUAGACUGGGCUCUAGACAGAUUCCGCACCAUGGUGAAUGUCAUGGGGGACGCUUUGGCCACAGGCAUCAUGGCGCACAUCUGCAGGAAAGACUUCAUGAAAGAGGGAGAUGGGGUGAGGGUGCCUUUGAUCUGCGAGACAAAACCUGUGACGAACACACCGCCUCUGAUGAACUGCCACAACAACAACGGCAACUACCGGCCCCCUUCAUCUGGGCUCAAACAUGAGCUCGUCCCUCCUGACGUGGCCCGGCUCAUGCAGCUGGAGGAGGGCGUGCGGCCACCGUCCGAGAGGAAGAAGCCUCCAAUUCCUCCGAGGCACCUGAAGAAGAGCAAAGAACACUGCACCGUUGACAUGAAUGGCCUUGAGACCAACGUAUAGCAUCCUCUUCCUGGAGUUUUUUUUUUUGUAGUUGCGCUGAUCACACCCUCAGAGCAAAGGACUCCAGUACAGGUAGGACGACAGCGCGACCAAGCUCAUCUUUGUCUCUCAGCGUCAAAAUGUUUCGGUGACAAAAUGCGGUCCUGAAGGCUUUGAGGAAGGCAUUUUAACGCAAAUCUGUUGUUUUUUGUUGUCAUAGUAGCUGCGAAAUGGUUUCUGGACAAGACUCUUGUUGGAAUUAAAGACAGCAAAAGGACAACAGUCUAAUUCUAUUCAUAAAACUCGUCCUCGGUCUGGACCUUCAGGGUGAGCUCACACCUAAACUCCCAGACUCUGAAUACAGGUGUGAGGACUUGCUUUUAUUAACUGAUUUCUAUUUGAUAUCUUCAUUUUAUAUGAUUUCGUAAUUUUUUUUUGUCUGUGUGCAACAUGUAAAUAAGACAAGUGUUUAUUAUGUUUUAUACUUCUGCAAGCAGCCAGUUGUUUGUGUCAUUUAACAGACAAAGUCAGGAUUUCCAGUGUCUGGUGUGAACUGAAUGGUAAGGAGGCAAAGUGAAAUGCCCUAAUUGCUUAAUUUUGCCUUAACAAAGCUGGUGGUGCUAGGCUGGGACAGAGGAGCCGAAGAAGCAGAACAGAAACUUCAGCAUCCCUAGUGGUCAUGUUGUAAUUUUAACACUUGGGUAAAAUAGAGAUUCAAAUGGUUUCACGUAUUUGAACAGCCUCAGGAGCACUUGAUUUAAUUAAACUUUCCUGGUACUUGAAUAGCCCAAAAACAAACUCUGGUCAUUUAACAUAAACCAAGUGGUCCUUGUUUAUUUGGUGGAGUCGAUUUAUACAUUCAGUUAUUUACAUGUCAAAGUCACAGUCUUUUGUGUACAAACUUGUCUCUUGGUGGUUUUCCUUGCUAGACCAGCUCAGCAUAACAUGUCAGGGUAGUUGUUUCGUGUCAGAACUGGCUCAUUACCAACUUAAACUGCUAUUUACCUGCUGUACAGACAUGGACUGUAUCUGGCUAGCAAUGAAAGCACCAACCCUGUGUGUGUUGAAGGAGAAGUCACCAGGCAAACCAGUUCUGUUAUUUUCCUCCAAACUUUCCUGUUAUUUUCCUCUUGUCUCUGUGUGUUUAUGAAGUAGACUCAAAGCUCUGGGAUAAGCGCUUUUUUUUUUUUUUGUCCAAUUUGAAACACAAGCUCAUAUUGAAACAUCAACUUCUGCUAACACGUCUUCACCCUUCUAAUCUCACUCAUUUGCAUCUUUCCACUGACUAAGUACCGCAUCUAAAAUUCACUCUGUUCUGUCUGAACACACUUUUACAGUGUGAGAGGACGGCCAUUAUGAUAAGGAGGAGGUAUUAUAGCAUCUGAGUAUUGUAUUAAGGUAUAUUUGAAAAAAUCUGAACAUAUCUUUUAAACCUGAAUCUGCAUGGUACAUUUCACUCUUAUCACUAAAAGGUCAAAUAC